ACAAAACUAUUGUAACAUCUGAUUAACAUUGCGUUUGCCCUCAAAAAACACUUUCUUCCAACCUCAUACUAUUUCGAUCAUGAAAGUUCUGACCGCAAAAAUGUUUCUUGGAUGAACGCAACACUUUGCGAGCAAGCAUACUGAAAAUACAAGUUUUUUUUAAAUUUUUUUAUAUCCAAUAGCACAGUUGACUUAAUUUAACACUAUUCUCAAUGGUUGACCCCCAAAAUACGUUUUUUUUUUUUCUACAGCCACAGAAUGUAACCAUUAAUGGUCACAGGUUAUUCAGUUCAAGUUUAUUUGUAUAGCACUUUUCACAAAACAAAUUGUUGCAAAGCAGCUUUACAGAAAAUUACGUUUCUACAAUAUAUUUAGUAGCUUAUCAGUGGUGACUAUGUCAAAUUGAUGUACAUCUGAUAGAAAUGUACAGUAAAAUUCAGUUAAUGACGUAAUCAAACAAACGAUGAACACAAUUAACAGCAAUGAUUAUAUGUUGCAAUCAAACUAAGAUAAGGUAAACUGGGUAAGAGUAUUGUUUUUUUUUCUUUCUAGUGGUCCAAAAUCUAAUUGCUGUUUAACCUCUGCCUGUUAGUCAUGAGAGUAUGAGACAGCUGCUUCUAUAAAUAACCAAUCCCCUCUCAAAUACCUCCCUCCUCGCGCUCUCGCUCAGAACUCUUCUGUUCUUGGGUUGACGCACAUGCAUAUGUUGUUGGAAAGAAAGCAGAACAAAUACUCCAUAUCUCCUAAAGGCUGACAGCUCUAAGAAGAUUCCUUGAGCUUUGGAGCUGACAAACAGCCAUGAAGAACUUGAAGUUCCUAGCAGCCGAGGGCUUUGUUCAAACCGGCCAAAAUGCAUGUAAGAACCUCCAUUGCUUGUCUUAUGAUCUCUAUCCAAUCCUCUUCAAAGCCAGCUAUCUGCGUGAGGAGGCCUCAAUGCUCCACGACUUGGUCCAGAAGUGGCCUCUGACAGAGAUCAACGUGCGCAAACUAUUGAGCAGGACAGUGGACUGUCCAGAUGAUCUCACGUCCCGCACCUGCAGGCUCUGUCUGGAGGCCAUUCUCACAGGUCUGAGGGACUAUGUGCUUCAAGCUCCAAGCACAUAUGCAAAAAUGUUACGUGUGGUGGAUCUAAUCGGUCUGCAAGACAUAGAACACCAGGUCUGUUCCUGCAGACGGACUCUUGGCCGUUGGGCAAGAACCGAGCUGCUUACCCGCAUGUGCUAUGAGACUAUGGUGUCCAUGCAGGCCGGCCAAGCAGCACCAUCAGCAUUUGAUGUGGAGAUAGAUGUGCGCUUGGAUGCUUUUGUUACUGGACGGAGCUAUGAGGUGGUGACUCAGGCUCUGUUGCUACGCAAACACUGCCCGUUAAAACUGAACUUUGUAGGUCUGCGUGUGGACUCGCUUAGCCUCAGGAACCUCUUUUACCUUCUGAAGCUGGUGGAAUCACAUGGCCUGCAGAAGCUGGAAGUGGUGCACAAUGUACAUCUGGAGGCUCCACACAUUGAGGUACUGCUCUCCCAGCUAAAGUUCCCACAGCUGCGCUCGCUCACGUUUCCUGCGCAGGCUUUUAAUGUCCACAGGUUGGGUCCGGAGGAUGAGGGCCUCUUGGGAGUUCUGGGUGAGCUGAUGAGCAAACUGACUGAACUGAGAGAGCUCUAUCUGGGGUUCUCCACACUUACAGGACGUCUGAGGAAACUGCUGAGUCCACUGAAUACUCCACUGCAGUGUAUUGAGUUAGCGAACUGCAGUCUUAACGCAGUGGACAUGGCCUACUUCGCCAACAGCCUGCACAGUGAACACAUAGUAAAGCUGGACUUGAGCGGUCAUGAGGUAGCCGACCUCUUCCCCAACACCUUCCGGAAGCUUCUGCACCGCUGCUGUGCCACACUCACUAGUCUGGGUCUGGAGGAGUGUGGACUGGAUGAUGAUAAACUGGAUGUGCUCACACAAGCACUGACACCCUGUCACGGGCUAGAGGAGUUGAAGAUCCUGGGUAAUCCACUGAGCACACUUGCUCUGCGCCAUCUUUUUAAUAUGCUGGCUCUGGGUUUCCCUGCAUUGAGAUAUGUUGAGCUGCCUGUCCCUCGUGACUGUUAUCCUGAAGGUGUAACCUAUCCACUGGAUGAUAGGACGCUGAUAAAUUAUGACACAGAGAAGUUCCAACAAGCCAAGACCGAACUUGUUGGCAUCCUAGAGAGGGAGGGAAAAGGACAUAUAGAAGUCUGCACGCCAUUAUUCGGAGCCUAUGAUCCUGACAUCAAUGAGACAAGCAAUGAGCUGGGAGUCUCCAUGCUGCACUCCUUCAACAGUGUCAUGGGAAACUUCAUUGACACAAUCAACAGUGUUACCCAACGGAGAGAGCAAAGAAUGAUGGAGUGAGAGUGCUUCAAAUUCACUUGCAAUCCCAGGAAUAAAAAUAAAGUAUAUUCAAAUAGAAAAGCUAUUUAUAAAGCCUUUAAAAUAAUUAAUGCAUAACAUAUGAAAAUUAUUAAUAUCUCAACUUCUGCUAUAUAUAUAAAUUUAAAAUUUAUAUAUUUAAAGAGCUAAUGUGACUUUAAUGAAUCCACAGCACAUAUGAAGGUUGGAAUAAAAACAAAAAUAUCAGUUGCUACAAAUAAUACAUGGGCAUGCAAUUGUGUAAUAAUGUGCAAUAACGAAUUCACGGCUUUAAAUGCAUAACAGGAUUUAUUUGUGUGACUGUACUUUUGUAACUGAUGAAUAGUGAACACUGUUUAAGGUAAACUGUAGUUAUUCAAUUUUACUCAUGUCUUACAAAAUCUGUAAGACACUUUAUAUAUAGUCACUGUAUAUUGUGCAUUUAUUGUUCUUAAAGUCUAUAUUUAAACAA